AUGUUCAGACCAGCCCUCCUCAGGACCGCUCUCCCAGUGUCGAAACGAGCAGUAAAUGGCUCCCCAAUGAUAGUUCGAAUGGCCUCGAAUUCACCUAUAACCACCUCUGGCACACCUGACGUAGCUGAGACGUCUUAUAUCCCUAAUCGAUUAACACCAGGAGAAGAGAUUGAUCCUCAGUUGAACGGUUACCCACAAUUACCCUACGUAUCGAUCCAAGCUAGAGAACCAUUUGGAUGGUGGGACAGACAAGAGCGAAAGAACUUUGGUGAAGUUAUGCACGAAGAAGAAGAUGCUAUUGGUAUGUGGGGACCUGACGUCCACAAGACAUCACCUCAAAGUGCUUUAUUCCAGUUAUCAGUAGCAUUCUCCCUCAUAGGCCUAGCAUCUUACGUCUUAAUCAAGAACAGACCCGAGAGACCUGUAGCCCAACGAACAUACCCUUAUAACGGAUUAGAAAAGGAGUUGGGUGGACAAUCGUACGCUAGACCCGAGGAGGUCGACGAGGAGUAA